AUGUCUGGCUCAUCAACCAAGAGGCGGGCUCAGAACUCCAUCCCAACAGGUCACAAGCGCCCCCGCAUCGAGUCUUCCAGUGGUCGACGCGAUGCAGUUGACGAAACUUCGAGAAUCGAGGCAUCUUCUAGUACCGCAGAAAAAGCUGGCAAGAUAUGUCAUGGAUGUCGCAGAAUCGAUUUAGAAUGUAUUUUUUGCGAAAACAUGCGAAAUGCAAAACUUUACAGAAUCUGGGGCGGUCGACGGUUUUCGUUGCGACACAUGAGUCCACAAAACAACUGUCCUUUGUGCAAAUUCUUCAAUAACGCAAGGAGCCCUCCAAUAAAAGAAACUGAAACCGAUCCGACAUAUGAAUUGCGUGUUUUCCCCGCAAAGGGUGAACUUGGUGCUUGGAGGCUUGACUUUGACGACUCGCCGGGCUUUGUCGUCCUUCCUUCCAGCAGUCAUUAUCCCGGCUCAUACCAAGAUACUCAAGGAAUCAUUUUGGAGCUCGCCGAUAUACCUAAUAGGCUUUGUGGUCGUCAGAUCCAGCCUCGUGUUGACCUCUCUCUCCUCAAAGGAUGGCUGGGGUUUUGUGAUAACAAUCAUAAAGCGCUCUGCAAGAAGCCCAUCUCGCAGAUGCCCCAAGGCUUCCGCAUGAUAGACUGCUCAACGCGGAAGAUUGUGUCAUGGGAGAGUGCUGUCGACCCCAAGGACUACAUUGCCCUCAGUUACGUCUGGGGAAACGCUGAGGAGGGCUAUGCGGUCUCUACAGACUCUCUUUUGGGCCCAUUGCCCAGAACCAUCGAGGACAGCAUUCUCUUAACAACUAGUCUCGGCUACCGGUAUUUAUGGAUAGACCGGUACUGUAUUCCUCAGGAUAACAUCGCAGGCAAGCAGUUGCAGAUCCAGAGCAUGGGACUCGUCUACGAGAACGCCGUCGUGACAAUUGUCGCCGCAGCCGGCGAUGGUCCUCAUCACGGGUUACCCGGAAUCAGUGCGACGCCUCGAGAAUCUCAGCCCAGCGUAAAGAUUGGAAGCAGGACGCUCGUGUUUAUUCCAUACCCGAAGAAAGAAAUUCUGAACUCGAAGUGGAACAGCCGGGGUUGGACUUACCAAGAAGGACUCCUCUCGCGAAGAAAGCUCAUUUUCACUGACACACAGGUGUAUUUCCAGUGUAACGCCAUGCACUGUCUCGAGAGCAUCCAAAUUUCUCUCGAGAGGCUGCAUAUACACAAAAAUAUCCGGAUGCAAGACAACGUGGAUAUGUCUAGAGUCUUUCCCCUCCGAGGACUCGGCAAAUCCACCAAUGAUCUAGAGGACCGGCUGGGAGAGUACCUGCGACGGGAUCUCACGUUCGACAGCGACAUAUUGGAUGCCUUUAGAGGGGUUCUGUCUGCGUUUGAGCAUAAGUUCUCAACGCCGAUGAAAAGCCUUCACGGAAUCCCAAUCUACUCAACUUUGUUUUCGACGACGGAUUUAGAAGCUUUCGUUUUUGGCUUAUCAUGGUGGUCUGUUGGCCAUCAAGAGCCACAACGACGGCCGGGGUUUCCAAGCUGGACAUGGGCGGGAUGGAAACUAUCAGGAGUUUCGUUCUCGUUUUACGGCGCAACGCGGGAUCCAGCAACGCCUUCACUUGUUGAUAUAUCUGUAGAGUAUGCCGAUGGGCUAGUGCUUCCGUGGAGCGAGAACGAAGAUCGAAUUCUCGCUAAUGACCGCUCGGGAUCCCCUCCCAGCUUUCUUCGCAUAUGCGGUCCGACUUUCGAGGUCCAAGUAUCUCCAGAUGGCGAAAUAUUACGGGACGACGAAGCUGGGAUUUUGGAACAGCAGAUAUCACGACGCAUGGCUGGCAGUAUUCAGGAUGCGACGCGCCGGUAUCCGUACAGUGCUCAUCGGGCAAAGGCAAACGACGACGGCACUUUUUCGCUCACCUUUCUUGUUCUGGGCCAUGCAGGUUAUUCUAUAAGCUUUCUUGUCCUCUGUCAGCCCGAGGGUUGCCUCCAUUUUGAGCGAUUUGACUCCAGUAUGCUAGUAAAGCGCACAGUGGAGUUAGGUGUCAAGGCAGAGCUGGCUAUACCCGAUGCGUUGAAGGGCUUGACAAUGAGAGAGGUCCGGAUAGGAUGA